UGCAGGGUCCUAACUCAAUCGGCUUGUUGUGAUGCGUAUCCCCGUAGAUGCCAGCACGAGCCGCCGCUUCACGCCGCCUUCCACCGCGCUGAGCCCGGGCAAGAUGAGCGAGGCGCUGCCGCUGGGCGCCCCGGACGCCGGCGCCGCCCUGGCCGGCAAGCUGAGGAGCGGCGACCGCAGCAUGGUGGAGGUGCUGGCCGACCACCCGGGCGAGCUGGUGCGCACCGACAGCCCCAACUUCCUGUGCUCUGUGCUGCCCACGCACUGGCGCUGCAACAAGACCCUGCCCAUCGCUUUCAAGGUGGUGGCACUGGGGGACGUUCCAGAUGGCACCCUGGUCACUGUGAUGGCAGGCAAUGAUGAAAACUACUCAGCCGAACUGAGAAAUGCAACAGCGGCCAUGAAAAACCAAGUCGCGAGAUUCAAUGACCUCAGGUUUGUCGGUCGGAGUGGAAGAGGAAAGAGCUUCACUCUGACCAUCACCGUCUUCACAAACCCACCACAAGUCGCCACCUACCACAGAGCCAUCAAAAUCACAGUGGACGGACCCCGAGAACCUCGAAGACAUCGUCAGAAACUAGAUGAUCAGACCAAGCCCGGGAGCUUGUCCUUUUCCGAGCGGCUCAGUGAACUGGAGCAGCUGCGGCGCACGGCCAUGAGGGUCAGCCCACACCAUCCGGCCCCUACACCCAACCCUCGGGCCUCCUUGAACCACUCCACUGCCUUUAACCCUCAGCCUCAGAGUCAGAUGCAGGAUACAAGGCAGAUCCAGCCGUCCCCACCAUGGUCCUACGAGCAGUCCUACCAGUACCUGGGACCCAUUGCCUCUCCUUCUGUCCACCCAGCAACACCCAUCUCGCCUGGACGGGCCAGCGGCAUGACAACCCUCUCUGCAGAGCUUUCCAGUCGGCUCUCAACGGCGCCCGACCUGACGGCCUUCGGCGACCCGCGCCAGUUUUCCGCGCUGCCCUCCAUCUCCGACCCCCGCAUGCACUACCCCGGCGCCUUCACCUACUCCCCGACGCCCGUCACGUCGGGCAUCGGCAUCGGCAUGUCGGCCAUGAGCUCGGCCACGCGCUACCACACGUACCUGCCGCCGCCUUACCCCGGCUCGUCGCAGGCGCAGGGCGGCCCGUUCCAGGCCAGCUCGCCGUCCUACCACCUGUACUACGGCGCGUCAGCAGGCUCCUACCAGUUCUCCAUGGUGGGCGGCGAGCGGUCGCCGCCGCGCAUUCUGCCGCCCUGCACCAACGCCUCCACCGGCUCGGCGCUGCUCAACCCCAGCCUCCCGAACCAGAGCGACGUGGUGGAGGCCGAGGGCAGCCACAGCAACUCCCCAACCAAUAUGGCGCCCGCCGCGCGCCUCGAGGAGGCCGUCUGGCGACCCUACUGAGGCUGCGCACGCGCUCUCCGUGCGGCCGGGCGUCGUCCCGGAAGCGCCUCCUUCGGGCUCCGGCCUCGUGUGCUCGGGAAACCCGCGUGGGCCCGGCCGCCGGCCCUGGGGAGUGCGCCGCUGCCAACCGCCGUGGUGAUCUCGCUCCGGGCGGGGCCCCGGGGCCGCCUGUGCUUCUCAAGUCCGUGCAGUUCGCAAUUGCCGUUGGCCCAUCUCAGAUUUUUCUAACCUGAUGCAACUUGAGGGUGUCCGCUUCACCACCCCGUGGACACGCUGUAAGGCAAACAGAAAGA